AUGUUGUCGGUUCUUCCCAUGGGUCUUGCCCUCCUUGGUGCCACCACCGUCCUCGCCCAGACGCCCCCCUCGUGCUCCCUCACUCAGAAGUGCCCCGAGAGCGCACCAUGCUGUUCCCAAUAUGGCCAGUGCGGUACCGGUGCCUUCUGCCUCGGCGGUUGUGAUCCCCGAAUGUCCUUCUCCCUCGACGCCUGCGUCCCCGCCCCCGUCUGCCAGGACAAGAAGAUGCCCAUGAACUCGCUAGACAAAAUUGUUGAUAUCAGCAAGUACUACGGCGACCCAAGCAAGGCCGACUGGAUAUCCCAGGGUGAGCCUGCGCUGUACAAUAACGAGGCUGUUCUCCUCACCAUGCCUGUCAAGAGUGUUGGAACUGUCCUUGCCACCUCCACCUACCUCUGGUACGGCAGUGUCUCCGCCACGAUCAGGACCUCGCGUGGUCCCGGUGUCGUAACGGCCUUCAUCUUGUACGGUGACGUCAAGGACGAGAUCGACUACGAGUGGGUCGGUGCCGACCUGGAGAUGUCCCAGACCAACUAUUACUUCCAGGGUAUCCCCAAGUACGAUCAAUCUGGCAACAUCUCCCUCUCCGACACAUUCAACAACUGGCACACGUACGAGAUUGAGUGGACUCCCGAUGAAAUCAGGUGGAUGGUGGAUGGCCAAGUUGGCCGAACCAAGAAGCGCUCCGACACAUGGAACGCGACAGCCCAGCAGUGGGAUUACCCGCAGACGCCCGCCCGUGUUCAGCUGUCCAUCUGGCCAGGUGGUGCCGCCACCAACGCCAAGGGCACCAUUGACUGGGCCGGUGGCCCCAUCAACUGGGAGCACGAGGACAUCAAGAACAAUGGAUACUUCUAUGCCAUGGUCAAGGACGUCGAGAUCAACUGCUACAAUGCCAAGAGCGGUCCCGGCACGAACAGCAAGAAGAGUUAUUACUAUAACAACAUCAAGGCCACCAAUGACACUGUUGUGGAUAGCGACAAGGACACCAUUUUGAAGAGUUUCCUCGGCACCGGUCUCGACAUGAACGCAGGUGCCUCAUCGGCUUCCGGCACUGCGGCGCAGCCUACGGCCUCAGCGGCCACCAUUCCGGGUGGCAGCAGCUCUGGCACGGGUAAUGACCACAGCGACAGCGGUAGCAGCUCCUCCGGCUCGGGCUCGGGCUCGGGCUCUUCUGGAUCUGGCUCGGGCUCUGGUGAUUCGUCGGGCUCCGGUUCCGGCAGCAGCAGUGGUUGCGGCACCAACGGCUUCUCGCAAGACUGCAGUAGCGGUAGCGGUAGCGGUAGCUCGAAGAGUGAAGGCUUCCGCCGCGAGUCCUCGUUCGGCGCCAGCGCCUUUGCCGCACUUGUGGCUGCUUCUGCUCUCUUCUGGCUGUGA